CUCAGAAUGGCCAGCAGCAGCGGCUCCAAGGCCGAAUUCAUUGUCAGAGGGAAAUAUAAACUGGUAUGGAAGAUAGGGGCUGGCUCCUUCGGGGACAUUUACCUGGUGAUCAACAUCACCAACGAGGAAGUGGCAGUGAAGCUAGAAUCUCAAAAGACCAGGUAUCCCCAGUUGCUGUACGAGAGCAAACUCUAUAAGAUUCUUCAAGGUGGUGUUGGCAUCCCCCACAUAGGGUGGUAUGGUCAGGAAAAAGAAUAUAAUGUACUAGUUAUGGAUCUUCUGGGACCCAGCCUUGAAGACCUCUUCAAUUUCUGUUCAAGAAGAUUGACUAUGAAAACUGUACUUCUGUUAGCUGACCAGAUGAUCAGUAGAAUUGAAUAUGUCCAUACAAAGAAUUUUAUACACAGAGACAUUAAACCAGAUAAUUUCCUAAUGGGUAUUGGGCAUCACUGUAAUAAGUUAUUCCUUAUUGAUUUUGGUUUGGCCAAAAAGUACAGAGACAACAGGACAAGACAACAUGUACCAUACAGAGAAGAUAAAAACCUCACUGGCACCACUGGAUAUGCUAGCAUCAAUGCACAUCUUGGUAUUGAGCAGAGUCACCGAGAUGACAUGGAAUCAUUAGGAUAUGUUUUGAUGUAUUUUAAUAGAACCAGCCUGCCAUGGCAAGGACUAAAGUCUGCAACAAAGAAGCAAAAAUAUGAAAAGAUUAGUGAAAAAAAGAUGUCCGCUCCUGUUGAAGUUUUAUGUAAGGGGUUUCCUGCAGAAUUUGCCAUGUACUUAAACUAUUAUCAUGGGCUGCGCUUUGAAGAAGCCCCAGAUUACAUGUAUCUGAGGAAGCUAUUCUGCAUUCUUUUCAGGAUCCUGAACCACCAAUAUGACUACACAUUUGAUUGGACAAUGUUAAAGCAGAAAGUAGCACAGCAGGCAGCCUCUUCCAGUGGGCAGGGUCAGCAGGCCCAAACCCCCACAGGCAAGCAAACUGACAAAACCAAGAGUAACAUGAAAGGUUUCUAAGCAUGAACUGAGGAACACAAGAAGCAGAGCAGAUGAUUGGAGCAGCAUUUGUUUCUACCCAAAUAUGGAAAUUUUAGUUCAUAUGUACACUGGGCAGUGGUUGUGGACAACCAUUUACUCUUGGUGUAAAGAACUUAAUUUCAGUAUAAACUGACUCUGGGCAGCAUUGGUGAUGCUGUA